AUGAUGUUGUUGCUUUGGGCUGCAACCUAUCUCCUUCGGAACCUUAGCAACGCUCUUCCCAUCCAUGCAUCGAACGGCCGCAGGGACCAGGUGCCAACGAACGGAAACGAGCGGACGAUACCCGACAUAGUUUGGAGCUGCCUAACCACGAUAUUCGCAUGCACUUGGAUUUCCGUCCAUCCCAACAUGACUGGUCCAGGAGAGUCAUGGGUGAGGACUGCGCGUAGGAGGUUGAGGGUAAUGUUCUGGUCCCUGAUAGCGCCAGAGAUAGUGAUGCUAUGGGCGAUGAGGCAGUGGGUUGGAGCGCGGAAGGUGGAGAAGAAGUACCGAGAGUUUGGCUGGACUAAAACCCAUGGGUUCUUCAUCCAGAUGGGAGGAUUCGUGCUGUUCGAUGGGGGAGAACCAAAAGGCAUUUUAUCCCUGGAAUGGCUCGAGGAAUUGUAUGCGGGGGAUCAGAUUGAUUUUCCGAAAAUCACGGAGGCGGAGAUCGACGACCGAAGCAAGGGGGACCCUCUCGGCAAGGGCCUUGUCGUGCUUCAGACCUCCUGGUUCAUAGCCCAAUGCAUUGCGCGCGCCUCACAGCAGCUGGUGGUCACAGAGAUGGAGCUCGUUACUCUGGCGUUCGCCACACUCAAUGGCCUGAUGUAUUUCUUUUGGUGGAACAAACCGUUGGACGUACGGUGUCCUGUUCCCGUCUAUAUCAAGGCGACCACUGUGCAGGUUCAUCCUCAAGAGAAUGCAGACGAACCUUCCUCUGCAGUUUCGUCGGAGCCUGAUAAUCCGCCCAUCGUCGAGAAAAGGAGGAGCAUUACCCAGACCAAGGGGGGUCCAACAGAAAUCACCGCCCCUUCCACGCAACCCAUUAAGUACCCACCCGUGCUGCAGCUUCCCCCUACACCAAAUUCUACAACUGAACCCGGUGUUCGACGAUCCUCAUCCACUCGCGACACCCCUCGUGAUACCCCGGGAACAGGUCUUGAAAUGAAGAAGAUACUGAUGAAAAUAUUGCUUGGCGGACCUCAAUCUCUACACGACGGGAUCCAUGUACUCAUUGACAGCGUCAGUCUGGCUAGACACAUAGACGACGUGGCACGUGGCAAAACGCGCGCGCCCACCUUCUACGCUCUCCCCAUGGCGUACGAGGAAGUUGAUCACUCCCACCUGAUCACGGCCCUCACUGGAACCAUCUUUGGUGCCAUGCACUGUAUAGGAUGGUUUUUCCAAUUCCCUACCGUUUCAGAGAAACUCCUCUGGAGGGCCACGUCCACCUUCAUUGCGGUCUUUCCCCCAUUUUUGGGUAUCUUGUUCCAUGGGCAUGUUUUUUUUAGAGUUGGCUUUGCGAAUAAGGUGUGGAAUGUGAUUCUGCAUGUUUUCCGAUUAAUUGCGCCAAUUGGUAUUCUUCUUUAUAUUCCUGCUCGGAUAUAUUUACUUGUAGAGGCGUGUAUCAGUCUUCGAAACCUUCCGCCAAGUGCGCUAGAGACGGUUCAGUGGGUACUGUUCUUUCCUCAUGUUUAA